AUGAUGCUAACCCAAUUGCGCCUGAACAGAAUUGAAGAGGAGGAGUGGGACAAGUACAACAUCCCCUCCAAGGUGGAGUCAGAGAAAUACAAAGUGAUUCGUACCUUCAGCUUCCUCAAGAGCAGGAUGUCCACCACUCGCAAGAAGAACAAGGUGAGAUACCAUAUAGGCCUGACAGAUAAUGUACACACUGACUGAGUCACAUGUAAUCUACACCUCAGUCUAGACCUAAUAUAAUCUACAGCUAUAAGGACUGCAUGACACACCCAGGAAGUGCUGUAAAACUGAUACCAUUGACUGUCAGUUAUCAUGCUGCUAUUAUCACUUAAUUAUCUGAUACAAAAGCCCAUUAUCAAUAGACUUUGCAUCCUUGAAAAGUGCUAUAUAAAUACCAUGUAUUAUUAUAAUAUUAUUAUUGUAAUCAUCCCAACCCUUCUCCUUAGUAUUCACCUCAGGGUCUGUUCUUCACAUGAUUACAAAGAGCUGGAAGUGUUUGGGGAAAUAACCUUGACCCAAAACACCAUUAAAAAACUGUAGCUUCUUUCCUUUCAAUCAUCAACCCUUUGUUGGUGGAUCAGCAUGUGGAAACCCCCCCCCCCCCCCCCCCUACAUUUCCGUCACAGUGGACUUUAAAAUGGGCUGAAAUAAGGCUUGGAUCGUUCACAUUUAAACUGAUUCAUUUGGAGUCAGUGUGCAUGUGUGGCUAUUUCUGGCUACUUAUAAGCUAGCUAGACCGUAGUAUCUGUAACCUGACUGGUAGUGCUUAAGGCUAGCUGAGUGUAACCAAUGCUUAUGGUGUUACAGAGUUACAAUUAAAUGUUUCUAUGCUUUGACAGGUAGUGUCUGAAAGGGUUUGGAUGUAGUUACAGUAUAAUAUAUGGGUGUGUGUUAACUAGCCUAUCCAUGACUCUGAUGUUCACCCCUGUGAAUCUAUCCUGGUUCAACAAGGGGAAGGGGAAGGAGAAGGAGAGAGAGAAGGAGAGAGAGAAGGAGAGAGAGAAGGAAGGGAAAGACAAGGACAAACAGCAGAAUGGACAUCGUUUCUCCACGGGUUCCUGUGCUGGUCCCACCGUCUGUCUGGUCUGUGACAAACCUACUACUGGCAAGGACCUUCUGCACUGCUCCAGUAUGUAAUCAGCAGUCACAGUUGAAUUAUUAGUAAUGUAUCAGUCAAAACAAUCAAUCAAUGUGUCCCGCAAUGCUAUAAACAUACAAGAUAUCUCAGUGAUCUGCAACUCUGUCACAGAGAAUAAAAAUAGAUCAGAUAUUUAUUGGAAAUGUAGCAAUACAUAUCUCAAGAUAAAUAAAGUGUAUAUGUAUCCAUAGGCUUUCUUUGCAUUCAUAGAGACCAAAUAAUUUGCAAUUGCAAAGAUCCACAUUUUAGGGGAAGAUAUCAGAAUUCCAAUUCAUUCAUUCAUGUAGCUAUUCUAUUUCCAUUCUGGUUGGUUGAUAUCUCUAUUUAUGGACCUAUCCCUCUCUCCCACAGGUUGUACAGUCAUGGUCCAUAAGGGUUGUAAGGACUCUGCUCCCCCGUGUCUAAAGGUGAGUUUCAGCCUGUGUGUAUGUGUGUGUGUGUGUGUGUGUGUGUGUGUGUGUACCUCUGCCCCACAAUCACAUACAUAA